AUGCCUCGAACAAUGAAUUUAAUUCUUCUUACUAUAUUUAUUGUCCUUUGUUAUACACAAUUAAUUAGUUGUGAUACACACUGUGCCUGUAAAUGUUGCAUAGGAGAACCAUGUACACCAACAUAUCAAGGAAGUCUUUUUCUUGAUCCUUGUACUGAUUUGGGGUGCAUGAUUCAAUGUCGUAUGGAAUAUCCAACAUCAUGCCCGUUAGAUGGAGGUUCUGGCAUUACAGAAGGAAGAUGUACAUCAGAUCCUCCACCUGGUUCUGCUAUUCAACAAAAGGCAAAUAUUGCUUUGAUAACAAUAUUUUUUUCAAUCUUUUGGAUUGUUAAGUUGUAUAUGUGA